AUGUGGCGGAUCACGCGGCUCUGCUGCAAACAACUCAUACGGGAUGAAUCUUUAGUUUCCCUUCCACCCGCUGUGCACCGAUUGGAAGUUUACCGAAACGCCGUAAGUGUUGACUGCGAGGAGCGCAUCUGCGCGGAGUUGGGCCUUCUGCUGCAACGUGAGGGACACACCGCCUUUGCUGAGGGCUCCACUCCGCAGCAGAAGAUUGUGAAGCACACAUAUUUGGAACUGCAUGGUGCUCAUAAGGACUUUACGGAGGUGAAGAGUUUCCAACGGAAGGAGACGCGGAGACUCCCUGGUUUAUUAUGGUCCCCCACUCUUGUGUCAUGGAUGAAUGAAGUGGUGCCACGGGUACGUGUGUUUCCAGUGGGUGUAAUGCCAGACACGGCAAGGGUUGUGGAACAUAAUAUGACAGGAUAUGAAAUGCAUAUGGAGCACCCCACCGUUGGUUGUUCUUUUCUUUACUUAUCGUUGCUAUCUGAUACGGUCCUCACGUUCGACGAUGAGGCUACGGGGCGCUAUGGUGAAGUGUUUCUCCCCCAACGUGCGUUAAUGUGCUGCUCCGGCGAGAUUCGUUGGGGCUGGCGCUUCGGCGAGCAGUCUCGUGAGGUGCACACAUUUGUUAAUGCUUCUGGCGUUCGACGGGUUGUGGAGCCGGAUCUGCGGCUGAGUGUGCAGUUGUGGAAGUUUACACCACAAUUGCUGGAUGCGCGGCUGCUGCAGGAUCGUGUUGAGGAGUCAAUGAAGCAAAGGGAGGCUGAGGAGUCAAAUGAAGUAGUCGAAACCAUUGCUGUGGACCGUAAGAAGAAUGAAGAGGAGCAUAAGGGCUCUGCCUCCUCCCAUGCAUUGUUUAGCGCCCUAGCGGAAAAAGGUGCCUCCGGGACAGGGCCUCUCGGUGGUGAGUAUGUGGAGGGGAGAACGCAGGCCUGCAAGGGUGUGGAAGGAAAGAGCAUGACGAUGGAAGAUAUUGGUCGGGACUACAACACCUACAAGCAACAGUUUCAAAACGUUCACGGUGUGCUACAAGAGAUGAAGGCACUGCAGGAUGCGGGUCAACCCAUCAAUGACAUGUGGCUGAGGAAGCGUAUACUUGAUGGUCAGAAGGAUGACAAUCAUGACGCGCAGGACGGUUUCGAUCCAAACGAUGUGGAGGGAACGUGGGAUCGUGUGGAUGCAAAGGCACGGUUCUACAAGGCACGCCUGAAGGGUAUGGACUACGAUGGCACCGCCAACAGCAACAGCUCGAUGCCGGAUGUGACAGAAGACGCUCCUCUUGAUAUGAAGAAGACAAUUCAGAAGAUCGCCCCACUCGUAAAGGACGGCGAUAAGAUCCUUGCGAGCCUGCCGUGUGGUCAAUGA